AUGAUUAUAUUAAAAUAUUGUACUUUGGCAUUUUUGUUUUAUUCGAUAUUAUUUAACUACUUAAUUUUCUUAACAAAUGGAGUAAGUUUAAAUAAACAAAGGAAUAAAGAAAAUGAACGAUUUAAUAUUUUUUCUAAUAUAAAUAAUUUGGAGAAUCGAGAAAAUAAUGUGAAGAACAAUUAUGAUAUUGAGGAUUAUUUUUAUAAUGACCAUAAAAAAAGAAAUAUAGAAGAUAACACUGUUACAUAUUAUAAUAAAAUAAAAGAUAAAAAUAAUAUUUAUAAUGAAGGCAUUUUUUAUGAAACGAAUAUAGCUGAUGAAGAUAAUAAUAAAUAUAAAAAAAAAGAUAUAUUUCAUAAUAAUGAAAAAAAAAUUUUAACAUUUUCAAAAAAUGAGAAUGUUACUUCAAAUCAUAUUUAUCCUUCAGAUAUAUAUUUACAGUCCUUUAAUGUAAAAAAAAAAAAAAAAUAUGUUCCAUUAAAUAAUAAGUAUAUAGAAAGUUCUAAUAUUGAAUUAAAAAAUAGACUAAAUUACUCAUUAAAUCCAGCAUUAACUUUAGUAGCCUCACGAGCAGUUGAUGGAUUAUUAGGAGGAGUUAAUCAACAUAUGCAAGGACCAUAUGCUUUGAAUCCAGAUGGAAACAACUCCCCUUUAAGUAAUCCUAUAGUUACUCCUAAUUUGUAUCCAAGUCCUCAUAUGCCUCCCUCUAAUAUGGCUCAUGGAGCUCCUCCCCCUGGACCACCACCACCCCCAAAUAUUUCACCACCACCACCAGGAACACCUGCUCCUCCCAUUGCUCCUUCGGGACCCCCUGGGGCAAUUCCCCCUGCUCCUCCUAAUUCCAUAAUGUAUAAUUCUAUGGGUGCACCUAAUUCUGCAUCUCCUAAUACAAUUGGUCAAAACCCUAAUUUUAAUAUACAUCCAACAGCUUCUAAUUUGAGAGGAGACCCUGGUAAUGUUACAUCUAACGAAAUUGUUAGUAUAACAAUUGGUAUAGUUUUAAGUCUAUUUCUUUUUUGUUUUAUUUCUGGAUGUCUAAUUAAAAUGUGUAAACCUAAAAAGAGAAGAAGAUAA